CUCUUUCCUCUUUCACUCUGUCUCUAGCUUUUCCAUGGAGAUUCUUCAUUGCUUCCUUCUCUUCGUGUUCAUCUUCUCCGUUUCCGAUGCUGCUGAUCCUUUCUCAGAAGCACUCUUGAGCUUGAAAUCAGAGUUCGUUGUUCAGUCUGAUGUUUUGAGUGAUUGGGUGAUCCCUCAAGAACAAAACCCAUCUGCAAAAAUCCAUGCUUGUUCUUGGACGGGUGUACAAUGUGAUCAAAACUCCACAAAAGUCACGGGUUUAGACCUUUCUUUGAAAAAUCUUGGUGGGGUUCUAUCCGGGAAUCAAUUCAAUCAGUUUGUUGAUCUAAUUGAUUUCAACAUAAGCCACAACUCGUUCUCUGGGAAACUCCCAGUAGGGAUCUUCAAUCUCACUAGCUUGAGAACCAUGGACAUUAGCAGAAACAAUUUCUCUAGUGUUUUCCCAAUUGGGAUAUCAAAUCUUCAUAACUUGGUUGUUCUUGAUGCUUUUAGCAAUAGCUUCUCGGGAUCAUUACCCCCAGAUGUUUGUGAAAUUGCCUCAGUGAAAGUUCUUAACUUUGCUGGGAGUUAUUUCAGUGGACCCAUUCCAGGCAAGUAUGGAUCAUGCAAGAAUCUUGAGUUUCUUCAUCUGGCAGGCAAUUUACUAAGUGGGUAUUUGCCAAUAGAGUUUGGGCAACUUAAAACCAUCACUCAUAUGGAGAUCGGUUAUAAUUCUUAUCAAGGCAGUAUUCCAUGGCAAUUUGGCAAUAUGAGUGAGCUCAGGUAUCUUGAUAUAGCUCAGGCUAAUCUCUCAGGUUUAAUUCCAAAGGAACUAGGUAAUUUAACUAAACUUGGCUCACUUUUCCUCUUUAAAAACAAUCUCUCUGGGUUGAUCCCAGUCGAAUUCGGUAGGAUUUUGACUCUUGCAAGCUUAGAUCUUUCGGACAAUUUGCUUUUUGGUCCUAUUCCAGAGAGUUUCUCAGACUUGAAGAACCUUAAGCUGCUAAGUGUCAUGUACAAUGACAUGAAUGGCUCUGUUCCUGAAGGCAUAGCUAAGCUUCCAAAUCUUGAAGCUCUUCUUAUUUGGGACAAUUUUUUUAGUGGUACACUUCCACAAGAAUUGGGUAAACACUCUAAACUCAAAUGGGUUGAUGUUUCAACAAAUGAUUUUGUGGGUGUUAUUCCACCAGAUAUAUGUUCAGGAGGGGAGUUGACCAAAUUAAUCCUCUUUUCGAAUUAUUUCUCUGGUGGACUCUCUCCUAUCUCCAAUUGUACUUCACUUGUUCGUAUUCGGCUCGAAGAUAAUUCUUUUUCAGGCGAUCUAUCUUUGAAUUUCAAUAUGCUUAGGGAUGUCUCUUAUGUGGACUUGUCUAUGAAUAGAUUCACUGGUGGGAUUCCUUCUCUGAUAUUUCAGGCUUCUAGUCUUGAGUACUUUAGUGUGUCUAAUAAUCCUGAUCUUGGAGGGAUCAUCCCAGAAAAAACAUGGUCUUUACCCAAAAUCCAGAAUUUUUCAGCUUCUUCUUGCAACAUCUCUGGCAACUUUCCUGGAUUUAAGUUCUGUAAGUCGUUAUUCUUGAUCGAAUUAAGCAAGAACCAUUUAUCAGGAACAGUCCCAGAAAGUCUUUCGAUUUGUGAGAGUCUAGAAAUGUUAAAUCUAGCUGAAAAUAACUUUUCUGGCGAAAUCCCCAUGAAGUUAGGAAGCUCGACAAAGUUGAGAUAUCUUAACUUUUCAUACAAUGAUCUUUCGGGUUCGAUUCCUACAGAGAAUACCUUCAGAUCAAUGGGUAGUAGCUCGUUUCUUGGAAACCCUAAUCUAUGUGGUGCACCCCUCGAGAGAUCCUGCCGUCGUGGAAGUGGAAUAUCCGAUGGAAUGGAAUUGGGAAGCAGAAAGACUCAAAAGGUUGCUUGGGUACUUGUACUAUGUGCAGUGGUGGCUAUACUCUUGGUUUCACUCUUUGGGAUCUUUUACUACCGGAGACAGAAUGUAACUCGCCACUGGAAAAUGGUUUCCUUCGAUGGGUUUCCUGAAAUCACAGCUGCUGAAGUUUUAAAGAGUUUUGACUCCAUUGAAGCUGUGGAAACACCAUAUUCAUCAAAUUCAGUUUGCAAAGCGGUUUUGCUAACUGGGAUGACAGUAGCAGUGAGGAAGAUUGAAUGGGGAACAAAAAGUUCGAAUCUUUUGAUGGAAUUCAUAAACCGAAUAGGAAAUGCAAGGCACAAGAAUUUGAUCCGGUUGUUGGGUUUUUGCUACAACAAGAAUCUUGGUUAUAUGUUGCUAGAAUACUUGCCCAAUGGAACUUUGGAAGAAAAGAUUGGAAGAAAGUGUGAUUGGGAUUCAAAACACAGGCUCAUGGUUAACAUCGCGAAGGGACUAUAUUUUCUUCACCAUGAUUGUCGUCCUUCAAUUCCCCAUGGAAGUUUGAAGACAAGUAACAUAGUUUUCGAUGAAAAUAUGGAGCCCCAUUUGGCUGAAUUCGCCUUCAAAACAAUAUCUGCAAUGGAAACAGGUGAAUACAGCGGUAUCAUGGAACAUGAACUAAAUGACGAUAUUUUUGCCUUAGGGGAGGUCUUUCUGGAGAUUUUAACAAACGGAAGGCGGAAAAAUGGUGGAGUGAGCAUUCAUAGAACACCAAAAGAGGUUUUAUUGAAUGAGAUGCACAACGAAAACGAAGUGGCUGCUGCUUCUUCGUCUUCAAAGUCUAUUAAAGAAGAGAUAAAACUGGUUCUUGAACUCGUUCUUCGCUGCACUACCAGCAAGCCCUCAGAUAGACCUUCGAUGGAAGAUGUUUUAAGGAUUCUUUCGGGAUUAAAACCCCAGAAGAAAUGAUGAGCGCGAUGUUGUUUUUUCACGUAUUUAAGUUAGGAUUGUUGCAUAAGUAGUUUAGUAGUUCAUGAAAUGUUGAUAUAUGGUUUGAAAAAAUGGCUUUAUUUGCUUGGCUUUAGAAUGUUAUGCUGUGAAUUGUGAUGUAGAUGCAGUCUUGAAGCUCCAAAUGAUGUCCAAAUCACACGAAAUCGAAGCUUCGAUAGCUUUUUGUGUACUUUUUGUUCUUAUGGAAACAGUUUUGUCGAAUAUGUAACCGAUUUCAUUGUUAAAUAGUUGAUAAAAGA